AUGCCCGAAACUCUCGGCCGAGCAGCACGCGUCGUACAUUCGCCUCGGCGACGAGAUCCUCCAAACGUUUUGACGCAAAUUGCGCUCGACUCGCCCGACGACUGGCACCUCGUCGGCAACCACAGCGACGGCGUCCGCGUCUACGAAGGCCUCCGCCCGUGCAAGGACAGCCGCAACUUGCUGCCGUUCCGAACGACGACCAAAGUGCAUGCAACGCUCAGCGAGAUUGCACUUUUGCACGCGUUCGACUCGCGGGAGGAGUGCCAGCACUACAUUCACAUGUAUGCCUCGGACCUCGUCGACAUGCUGCCGCUCUACACGUUCCUCGAGCGCACGCAGGAGCACCCGCUCAAGCAGACGUACAUCAAGUGGAGUGCGGGCCAGAGCCCGAUUGGGGUGUUUGCCGACCGCGACUUUCUGUACCUCGAGGCACAAGACGAAGUUGUGCUUGCCGAUGGUCGACGCGGCUGGGCGUUUUGCCAGCACUCGAUCGCAUUGCCGUCGGUGCCGACGAUGGAAAACACCGAUUUCAAGCUCAUUCGGAGCUGGAUGCACCACACGGGGGCGCUCUUCGUCGAGACGGAGACGCCCGGUGUCCUCGACCUUAUCUACAACGUCGCGGUGGACUUUAAAGGCUCGAUGCCGGUUUGGGUGCAGAAGAUUGCGCUCAAGCGCCGGGCGAAAAAGAUCUGCUCGGUCAAAGACCACGUCAAGAAGAUGCGCAAGCUCGCGCAGGUGACGACGCCGCCGACGACGCCCGCCCACCGCACGCAUUCGAGCUGCAAGGUCUGCGCCCAGCCCGCCGUGAGCCCCCGGUCGUGCGAGUGCUGCGCCGAGGCGGUGUGCGAAGCGUGCAGCCGCAAGUGGCGCCGGCGCGGCUGGAACAGCGUGCGCCUCUGCCUCGACUGCUGCCCCGAGGGUCAAGAGCCGCCGAGUGACAUCCGCGACUUGAUGAAGAAGACCAACACCGUGGCUAUUGACGGCCCCAAGCUCAAGCGGUAUGCGCGCCGGAACGAACCGCCCACGUUGAGCGACGCGCCGGGGCUGGACCUCUCGUACCUUCAAGUAUACCGCAAUGCGUCUGCGUCGAGCGUGAGCGAUUCCAGCACCGACAGCAGCCCGUACGACGCCCACUGCAUCCCAGAAGAGACAGACGAGCAAGAUGGUCGACCGUAGUAGCUAAUGUAGUCCAUCAUGGCUCACACGAAACACAGUGC